AGGUUUAUUCUUUUUAGCAAAUGGAAGUGAAACCUGUGCCGAAAAGUGAAUACGGUAAUUUUUAUAAUGGAGAUUCGUACAUACUAUUAAGUACAAAGGAAACAAAAAGUGGCAGACUUGAGUGGGAUAUCCAUUUCUGGUUGGGUGAAGAAACAUCGCAGGAUGAAUCAGGUGCAGCUGCAAUCAAAUCUGUUGAACUAGAUGAUGUGUUAGGAGGUAGUCCUGUUCAACACCGGGAAGUUCAAGGUCAUGAAUCUGGGCUAUUUCUAUCGUAUUUUAAGAAAGGAAUCAGAUACUUACAAGGAGGUGUAAAAUCAGGUUUCCAUCAUGUAGAGGAUGUUACUGUGAAGAGGUUAUUGCGAGUGAAAGGACGGAGAAAUGUACGCCUUCACGAGCUUCCGUUAAGUGUUAGUUCUAUGAAUAAAGGUGACUGUUUCAUAUUAGACAGUGGACCAAAUGUCUAUUUGUAUGUUGGAAGUCAAAGUGGACGUAUGGAACGUAUUAAAGCUAUACAAGCUGCAAAUGCUAUUCGAGAUGAUGUGCACCAUGGGAGAAGUGUUGUUAAAAUCCUUGACUCUGAUAGCUCUCAUAGUGAGCUUGAAGAAUUCUUUGAUGAACUGGGUGAUGGCUCUGCCGAUGAUGUUGCUGAUGCUAGUGCAGGAGGUGACGAUUCAGUAUUUGAAUCAAGCUUGGAAGCAAAAAUUGCACUGCACAGGUAAUAUCUUAAAUAUGAA